AUGAGAAAAGGUACAGCUAAGACACAAAUCGAUGCAAUUAAGACUUUGACUUCAGUCCGCAAAACUCAAAUCAGAAAAACCACCGGAAAAUUCAACCUCAGGACGGUUCCAAUUCCGAUUCACCGCUUGUCUACAAUGCACCAGAUGACGUCCUUCUCCCUCAGGUUUGUUAAGGCGGAUGUGAAGAAGAAGUAUGGUGUGGUGAACCCAAUAUCAUAUGCGGGACCCACUGAGGCUGACCUUCACAGGAAUGCACUCUUGGAAAAGCUUUUGAUGGAGUCAGGGAUAUAUGAGAGCAUGGAAGAAACCGCAAGGAGAGAAGAGGUUCUUUGUCGUCUGGAUCAGAUUAUUAAAGAUUGGGUGAAGCAGUUAACACGCCAAAAAGGGUACACAGAAAAAAUGGUUGAGGAGGCAAAUGGUAUUGUACGUACCUUUGGGUCUUAUCGCCUAGGGGUACAUGGUCCUAAUGCUGAUAUUGAUACACUAUGCAUUGGGCCCUCAUAUGUGACUCGAGAGCAUGAUUUUUUUGUUAUAUUGCAUAAUAUUCUGUUGGAGAUGGAAGAAGUAUCGGAUCUUCAGCCAGUUAAUGAUGCACAUGUUCCUGUGAUGAAGUUCAAGUUCCAAGGAAUAUCCAUUGAUCUUCUUUAUGCCAGUGUAUCUCUAUUGAUUGUUCCAGAAGAUUUGGACAUCUCUCAAAAUUCUGUGUUGUACAACACUGAUGAGAAAACGGUUCGAAGUCUUAAUGGAUGUCGGGUUGCUGAUCAAAUACUUAAACUUAUUCCAAAUGUAGAGAACUUCUGCACCACACUUAGAUGCUUAAAGUUUUGGGCUAAGAGGCGUGGCGUUUAUUCAAAUGUUACUGGAUUUCUUGGUGGAGUGAAUUGGGCUCUUUUAGUUGCUCAGGUAUGCCAGCUUUAUCCCAAUGCAAUACCUAAGGAUGAUCUUGGAUUUAACGUGUGGGACCCACGGAAAUGGUCCCGUGAUCGAACCCAUCUCAUGCCCAUCAUCACUCCCGCAUACCCAUGCAUGAACUCUAGUUACAAUGUUUCCGCAAGUACCCUUCGUGUUAUGGUGGAACAGUUUCUCUUUGGAAAUAAGGUUUGCGAGGAGAUUGAGUUGAACAAAGCAAAUUGGAGCUCUCUGUUUGAGCCUUCUCUUUUUUUCGAGUCGUAUAAAAACUACUUGCAGGUAGACAUUGUAGCUGCAGAUGCGGAUGAUCUUCUUGCAUGGAGGGGAUGGGUGGAAUCCCGCCUUAGAUUACUUACUUUGAAGAUCGAACGCGAUACAGACGGGAUGUUACAAUGCCACCCUUUCCCAAACGAAUACAUCGAUACAUCAAAACCAUGUUCCCAUUGUGCUUUUUUUAUGGGUCUUCAAAGGCAACCUGGAGUCAAAGUUCAAGAAGGUCAACAAUUUGAUAUCAGGGCAACUGUAGAUGAGUUUAAGCAAGGAGUAAACAGUUACAACCUUUGGAGACCUGGAAUGGACAUUUUUGUGUCUCAUGUACGUAGGAGACAACUUCCUACAUAUAUUUUUCCUGAAGGGUAUAAACGUCAAAGACAAUUAAGGCAUACUACUACUACUACUCCUGAAGGCUCAAGCUCUCCUUCAUCUGAGAAGCGUUUCAAGAGGAAACAUGAUGCUUCUUCUGGACCUGGAAAACCGAAGAAAACGUCUUUUGGGAGCCCGGAAUGUGUGGGAAUUGGAGGGAGUAGCAUUCCAGUGAACUCCGGAAUUGAAGAUAUUGCUUGUGAGUCUUCAAUUACACAAAAGGUGGUAUUGGAGUCUGAAGAUGGAGCAAAUCCCGAAUCAAUGCAGCCAUCUGCAAUAAGGUUGAGCCUGGAAUCAACAGCUUAAAUUAUUGAGAGCGGAAGUGUGACCUUUUAGUACUGACAACUUGGGAGUAGUAGUAUGUAAUUUACCAAGAAUGAGGGCUUGUUCUUUAAAUUUUAAAUUUUAAACCUUGCAACUUUUUUCUUUCUUUCUUUUGUUAUGGUUUUGGAAUGUAAUGGAUUGAAUCGUGUUUAUCGUAGAAAAUGUUAUCAUCACAUUGUAUCUUGUUAGUUUU